AUGUGGCAUCUUGGCCUUACAUUUUCAAUCCGGCCAGAGCCCACUGGCUUCAAAGUGGGCAUUAACUACCAGCCGCCCACCGUGGUACCUGGUGGAGAUCUGGCUAAAGUCCAGAGGGCUGUGUGCAUGUGGAGCAACACCACUGCUAUUGCUGAGGCCUGGGCUCGUCUCGACCACAAGUUUGACCUGAUGUAUGCCAAGCGUGCCUUUGUACACUGUUAUGUAGGUGAGGGUAUGGAGGAGGGCGAGUUCUCUGAGGCCAGGGAAGACAUGGCUGCUUUAGGGAAAGAUUAUGAAGAGGUGGGUGCUGAUGGCAUGGAAGGAGAGGGAGAAGAGGAGUAUUAA